UCGGGCUGGAGACUCCGGUCCCGCCGCGUGCGACUCAGUUCCCCGCGCAGCCCCGCCAUGGCCUGCUACAUCUACCAGCUGCCCUCCUGGGUGCUGGACGACCUGUGCCGAAACAUGGACACACUCAGCGAGUGGGACUGGAUGCAGUUCGCCUCCUACGUGAUCACAGAUCUGACCCAGCUGCGGAAGAUCAAGUCCUUGGAGCGGGUGCAGGGCACGAGCAUCACGCGGGAGCUGCUCUGGUGGUGGGGCAUGCGGCAGGCCACUGUCCAGCAGCUCGUGGACCUCCUGUGCCACCUGGAGCUCUACCGAGCCGCCCAGAUUGUCCUCAACUGGAAAUCGGUUCCUAAAAUCGGGUCUCCCACUCCAGGCUUCCCAGAUGCUGUGAAGCCAGGAAGGCCUUUGGCAGCUCCUCUGAGAAACACCAAGAAUGUGCAGGAGGAAGAGCAGCCCGUGAGGCCAGUCGCUUUUCCGGGCCCAGGGUCUUCUCCAGCCAGAGCCCACCAGCAGGCCUUUCUGCUGCCUCCUUCUGAAGAAGAUGCCCCUCAUUCCUUAAAAACCGACCUCCCCGCUUCAUUGGACUCAAAGGAUUGCAGCACCUCCACUCCUGAGCAGGAAGAGCUUUUGAGCUUGGCUGGAGACAGCCUUUUCUGGAGUGAGGCGGACGUGGUUCAGGCAACUGAUGACUUCAAUCAAAACCACAAAAUAAGCGAGGGGACCUUUGCUGAUGUCUACAGAGGACAAAGGCACGGGACGCCAUUCAUCUUCAAGAAGCUCAGAGAGACAGCCUGCUCCAGUCCAGGAUCAAUUCAAAGAUUCUUCCAGGCAGAGGUACAAGUUUGUCGUAGAUGCUGCCACCCGAACAUCUUACCUGUACUGGGCUUCUGUGCUGGAAGACGGUUUCACAGCUUGAUCUACCCCUACAUGGCAAAUCGUUCUUUACAGGACAGACUCCAGGGUCAGGGUGGCUCAGACCCCCUCCCCUGGCCCCAGCGUGUCAGCAUCUGCUCGGGGCUGCUUUGUGCCAUUGAGCACCUGCAUGGCCUGGAGAUCAUCCACAGCAACGUCAAGAGCUCCAAUGUUUUGUUGGACCAAAAUCUCAUCCCCAAGCUGGCUCACCCAUUGGCUCACCUGUGUCCUGUCAACAAAAAAUCAAAGUACACCAUGAUGAAGACCCACCUUUUCCAGGCCUCAGCCGCAUAUCUUCCAGAAGAUUUCAUCAGGGUGGGGCAGCUGACAAAGCGAGUGGACAUCUUCAGCUAUGGAAUAGUGUUAGCCGAGGUCCUCACUGGCAUCCCUGCGAUGGACAAAAGUCGAAGCCCCGUUUACCUGAAGGAUUUACUGCUCAAUGAAAUUCCAAGCAGCCCCACCUCGCUGUGCUCCAGGAAGACGGGUGUGGAGAGGGCGAUGGCAAAGGAGAUCUGCCAGAAGUACCUGGAGAAGGGCGCAGGGCGGCUGCCGCAGGACUGCGCGGAGGCUUUGGCCACCGCCGCCUGCCUCUGCCUGCGUAGGCGAAACGCCAGCCUGGCGGAGGUGCGUGGCUCUGUGGCUGCCGUGGAAGAGCGGCUCCAAGGUCCGGAAACAUCACACCCUUGGCAUGGGCUUUCUGAGGGCAUAAGCUCUUCCUCCAACACCCCAGAGGAAACAGACGACGUUGACAAUUCCAGCCUUGAUGCCUCUUCCUCUGUGAGGGUGGCACCCUGGGCAGGGGCUGCCGCCUCGUUUCUCCCCACAGGACGUGGGGAAGGAAGGCUGCAGGCCGACCCCUGUGUGCCCUCUGCCGGCGCAGAGCCUCCCCAGGAUGCUACAGAGACUUCGUGGGAAAUUGAGAUCAAUGAGGCCAAAAGGAAACUGAUGGAGAAUAUUCUGCUCUACAAAGAGGAGAAACUGGACAGUUCGGAGCUUUUUGCCCUCUGAUGGGUGGAACACAGCUGAGGACCCAAGUCCUCAAUUGGAAAGAGGAACAUGGGAUCAAGAAAAAGGUCUGCGGCAGAAGCCAAGAUCUGGCAGGAAGGACACAACCGAAUGUCAGUUUUCCUGGGAGGGAGGGAAACUUUCAUUUCCCCACAGUGAGUUAGGGGAGAAGGGACCUCAGCUUUUAGAGACACAAAAAUCCAGGAAGUCCUCUUCCUUUCUGGGGUUUGUUGGUCAGAGCCAGGUAUCAGAGGAAACUGAAGCAGCAACUAGUUCAUAGGCCUAGGAUGUGGGUGACGUUAUGGUUCUGGGGAGUGUGUGACAAUAUCCACCCCAGCAGAUACGGUUACCCUGUCAGCUCUUGGCCUUGUACUCUGAUAACUGACGGAGCAUUCUGCAACGCCAAUGGCAUUUCCCAAAAUUAAGAUCUCUGGGUCAUAUUUGCUGCCAGCUGCCUGCAAACUUCCUCAUUCUGAAAGAUUUUCAGCUUGAGUCCCAGUGCAGUUCUUGAGUCACCUCUUCAGGUCUCAAGUUUUGCAAAUGCCAGACACCUGGCAAAGGGCUCUGUGGGCUCUCCACUUCCCCUGUUGGAAAUCUUGCACCUGCAGAUAUUUAUUAAGUGCCUGCUCAGCACCUGUAUCCUCCCAUCCCACUAAUGCUAGUAUUUUUUAAUGGAGCUUUUAUCUUGAGAAUGUGUUAUUUAUGGCUGGAUGAAAAAUCAGGAGAACAUGUUUCAUGUCUGGUUCUGCUGCUAAUUAAGUCAAUCAUUUAAUGUCUGGGAUCUCAGUUUCCUUGUAAGUAAAAAUAACACCUGCUGAUUCUCCCUCCCUGGGCUGUUGGGAGGAACAGGUGAGGCAGUGCUUACAGAAGUACUUGGAAAAUGCACUUUUCCUGUUUUGUAAAAUAAAUAAAAGGCAUUACAUGUAUAUUUCUGCCAUGUACUUAAUGUUUAUGCAGUGGGUAUAUUUCUGAAAAGUCAUGUUGCAAAUCUUUUUGUGAAACUUGCUAUUUAAAAUUCACUGGAAGAAAUGUGAUAUUUAAAAUAAUUCUAUAGUGUUUUUUCUUUUGUUUUUUGUAAAAUAAAAAUAUGUUUGUAAAGU